AUGGCUGCUUGGAGGAUGGUCCGAAAACGCCAGCGCUCGCUGCCGGCUCGCAGCGUGGCGCCGGACCCAGCCUCCGCCUUCCUCGUGGGGGUCCUGCCGGCGCCCCACAUCGGACCCUCUGGGAGCCGGUCCAGCGCCCCGGGACUCACCACGCCCCUAGCCCAUCCCACCCCCGCUCAUGACUGCAGCCGCGUCGCCGCUUCCGUGGUGCUCCACUGGCUCCGCGCCACUGCCGGGUCCUGCGGAGCCACUGCCGCUGCCUCCACCAUGUGGGCCGCGGGCUUCGUCUUUCCCUUCCUCGCGGUGCGGCUGGUCGCGCACACAGACUCGGAGGGAGCCUGGUGCUACGACUCCCAGGACCCAAAGUGUGGCCCCACCCACUGGAAGGAGAUAGCCCCUGCCUGUGGGGGCCCAGCCCAGUCCCCCAUCAACAUCGACCUUCACCUGGUCCAGCGGGACCCCACCCUUGGGCCUUUCAUCUUCCAAGGCUACAACUCUGCACCCCCAGGCCGGUGGACCCUGGAGAAUGAUGGCCAUACAGUGCUCCUGCACGUGGGCACUGACCCGCAGAGCCACCUGGAGAUGCGCGGCGCGGGACUGCCGCCGCCCGCCUACCGCGCGCUGCAGCUGCACUUCCACUGGGGGGCGCCAGCGCGCGCAGGCUCGGAGCACAGCCUGGAUGGGGAGCGCCGCCCCAUGGAGAUGCACGUGGUCCACAAGAACACCCGAUACCGGAGCCUGCAGGAGGCGCUGGGUCACCCCUACGGGCUCGCGGUGCUGGCCGUCCUGUUGGCGGAGCAGGACACUGACAACGUCAACUUUUCGGUCCUUGUGUCAGGCCUGAAGAACGUGUCUGGGCAGGGGCUCUCGGCAGAACUGGCGUCUACCUUCCCUCUGGCCUCUGUGCCGCCAGGCGCCGCCGGCCUCGCGCGCUACUACCGCUACCCGGGGUCGCUGACCACGCCCGGCUGCGAGCCCGCAGUGCUCUGGACCGUCUUCGAGGACUCAGUGCCCAUUGGGCGCCAGCAGGUAGCCCAGUUCCAGACUGUGCUCCAGGCCUGGGCCCCGGGCUCGCGCCCCGUGCAGCUCACCGAAAACUUCCGCCCGCAGCAGCCCCUCGGGGGCCGCAGGGUCACGGCCUCCCCCAGCGCCUCGGCCCGCGCGGCCGCCCCACUCGCCGCCCCGGCCCACGUGCUCGCGGUUCCGCUGGGCCUGGGGAUCAGCCAGCGGCUUCUGCAGGGGCUCUAG